GCUGCGGUCGAAACAAAUGUUGUAAAGAAAAGCAAGAUUAAUGAAGUUUUUGAUAACAUGAGAAAUCGAAAUAUAUAUAUUUUAUGCGAACUGUUCAGACCAUUAUCAGAAACGGACGUGGAGGACCGGUUCGAGAUGAUAGCUCAAAACACUACUGUUGAGAUUGAUCUUCCUGAAGAUAUCAAGGAAUAUCUUCAUAGUUCGCUCAGCGGAGAUAUUAAAAAUACAUUGUCGGAAUCUGUCGACACUUUUUAUUUUACUACCACUAAUGGUGGCUUGCAAACAGACAGCGACGGAAAAGCUUGGUCCAACCAAACGGUCUAUCGAAUUUUGGAUCUAUUUUCGAUGUUUUUUAGAAAUUUGACAUCAGGAAUUGCCUUUGGGGAAAUCGUAAAUAAGGCACACAAAGAUAGAGUUUAUAACAUGAAUGCUGAUCAAAAACCGUCAAAUUCAAGGAGAGGCGACAAGAACGAUGCUGUCUUACAUCAGAACAAUAACGCUACAAUUAUAUAUGAACAGUCCUUUGGACCCACAGAAUUUGACGCAACACAUCAUAUGGGAGAUAUAACGAAACUAGCACGUAACGGAGUAGAUGAUUUAAAUUAUCACUUCUUACAAUAUAAAAAAUCUUCCAUAACAACAGCGAAAAAAUUCAAAUCCGUCGGAAUCCAUGGUUAUAGUAGAACGACAGUUUUUAAAGGAGAAAUGGGCAUGGAAGACGCAAUUAAUGAUAAUUGUUCUAAUUGUGUGUGCAAUUGGAUGGCAAUUCCGGAUAACACUUCAGAAGCAAAAAGAACAAAAUAA